AUGAGGAGAUUUGUACAUCGGAAUCUUCUCGAAAAAGGUGAUUCUCGAAUUGCUCGUCCCUCAAUUUCCGUUUGCGGUUUCCGUUGCUGGAGACGAGCUUUCUCAGGUCUCAGUGAUGAUUCCAGAGAGAGAUUGAGAAACGGGCUUCGGGAUAUUAAGCUAGACGAUGCCGUUGAUUUGUUCGGUGAGAUGGUAAAGUCUCGUCCACGACCUUCCAUUGUUGAUUUCAGUAAAUUGUUGAGCGCCAUCGCCAAGAUGAAGAAGUUUGAUGUCGUUAUCUCUCUCGGCGAGAAGAUGCAAAUGUUAGGGAUUCCACAUAAUCACUAUACUUACAGUAUUUUGAUUAACUGUUUCUGCCGCCGCUCUGAGCUCUCUUUUGCUUUAGCAAUUCUUGGAAAGAUGAUGAAACUCGGAUAUAAGCCUGACAUUGUCACGCUUAACUCGCUUCUCAAUGGUUUCUGUCGUCACGGUAAGAGGAUUUCUGAUGCCGUAGCUUUGGUUGAUCAAAUGGUGGAAAUGGGAUAUCAACCCAACACCGUCACAUUCAAUACCCUUAUCCAUGGCCUGUUUCUCCACAACAGAGUCUCUGAAGCAGUGGCUUUAGUUGAUCGGAUGGUGCUGAAAGGGUAUCAACCAGAUCUGAUUACUUACGGUGCGGUAAUAAACGGAGUAUGUAAGAGAGGUCAUACUGAUUUGGCUUUGAAUCUGCUCAAGAAGAUGGAAGCGGACAAAAUAGAGGCUGAUGUUGUGAUCUACAGCACUAUUAUGGAUGGUCUCUGCAAACACAAACAUGUGAAUGACGCAGUCGACCUAUUCAGUGAGAUGGAGAGCAAAGGGAUUAGACCUGAUGUUUAUACCUACAGCUCACUCAUAAGCUGCCUUUGUAAUUACGGAAGAUGGAGCGAUGCCUCUCGACUACUAAGUGACAUGAUCGAGAAGAAUACCAACCCUGACAUUGUUACUUUCAAUGCCUUGAUCGACGCUUUUGUGAAAGAGGGAAAACUUUUGGAGGCUGAGAAAUUGUAUGAGGAGAUGAUUGGAAGGUCUAUAGCUCCUAAUACUAUCACUUACAAUUCAUUGAUCAAUGGAUUUUGUUUGCAAAAUCGUCUAGAGGAGGCCAAGCAGAUGUUUGCUUUAAUGGUUAGCAAAGAUUGUCUCCCAAACGUGGUGACUUAUUCUACUCUUAUCAAUGCAUUUUGCAAGUCUAAGAAGGUCGAAGAUGCUGUGGAACUCUUCCGAGAGAUGACUCAAAGAGGAUUAUUUGGCAACACAAUCACUUACAACACUCUUAUCAAAGGGUUUUUCGAAUCUGGAGACUGUGAGAAUGCCCAACAAGUUUUCAAACAGAUGGUUUCUGGUGGUGUCACUCCUGAUACUAUGACUUGCAACAUUCUGUUGGAUGGGUUUUGUAAAAAUGGGAAGCUCGAGAAAGCACUGGUCAUAUUCAAGGAUCUGCAGCAAAAGACUGAGAUGGAACUCAGUAUUGUCACAUAUAAUAUUAUGAUUGAAGGGAUGUGCAAGGCUGGUAAAGUGGAAGAUGCUUGGGAUUUAUUUAACAGCCUCAGGCUCAAAGGAGUGAUGAAGCCUGAUAUUGUGACAUACAAUACAAUGAUUUCAGGAUUUUGUGGGAAAGGCUUAAAGGAGGAAGCGGAUGCCUUAUUAACAAAAAUGAAAGAAGAUGGGCCUCUCCCAAGUAGCGGUACCUAUAAUACGUUGAUCAGGGCACGCCUCAGAGAUGGUGACAAAGACGCAUCAGCCGAACUCAUCAAGGAAAUGAGAAGCCGUGGCUUCUGUGGGGACGCUUCAACGAUAAGUUUGGUCGGGAAUAUGUUUUUGUCCCUUAGAGGGCUUGUUGAGCAUGCAACCCUGUUCCGAUUGAAAGCAGCAACUUGUGAGGGAUAACUGAAUUUUACGGAGAGUGAGAAGGAGCCCGAUGACCUGAAGCCAAAUCGAGGAGAUGAAGUUUGCGUUUGCGUCGACGAGAAGGAGAUUUGUGCACCGGAAUCUUCUCGAAAAAGGAAAUCCUCCCUCGACUUUCGUUUGCGGUUUCCGUUGCUGGAGACGAGCUUUCUCUGGUGCUAGUUAUGAUUACAGAGAGAAGAUUAGAGGUGGGUUUCUACAUGAUAUUAAGCUAGACGAUGCCGUUGAUCUCUUCGGUGAGAUGGUCAAGUCUCGUCCUCGAGCUUCCAUUGUUGAUUUCAGUAGAUUGUUGAGUGCAAUUGCCAAGAUGAAGAAGUUUGAUCUUGUCAUCUCUCUCGGCGAGCAGAUGCAAAUGUUAGGGAUUGCACAUAAUGACUAUACUUACAGUAUUUUGAUUAACUGUUUCUGCCGCCGCUCGCAACUCCCUCUUGCUUUAUCUUUGCUUGGGAAGAUGAUGAAACUCGGGUAUGAGCCUGAUAUUGUCACGCUUAACUCGCUUCUCAAUGGUUUCUGUCGUCACGGUAAGAGGAUCUCUGAUGCCGUAGCUUUGGUUGAUCAAAUGGUGGAAAUAGGAUAUCAACCCAACACCGUCACAUUCAACACUCUGAUCCAUGGCCUUUUUCUCCACAACAAAGUCUCCGAAGCUGUGGCUUUAGUUGAUCGGAUGGUGCUGAAAGGGUGCCAACCAAGUUUAGUUACUUACGGUGUGGUAGUAAACGGAGUGUGUAAGAGAGGCCAUACUGAUUUGGCUUUGAAUCUGCUCAAGAAGAUGGAAGCGGACAAAAUAGAGGCUGGUGUUGUGAUCUACAGCACUAUUAUUGAUGGUCUCUGCAAAUACAAACAUGUGGAUGAUGCACUCGACCUAUUCAGUGAAACGGAGAAAAGGGGAAUUAGACCGGAUGUUGUCACCUACAGCUCCCUCAUAAGUUGCCUUUGUAACUAUGGAAGAUGGAGCGACGCGUCUCGACUACUAAGCGAUAUGAUUGAGAGGAACAUAAACCCCAACGUAGUUACGUUAAAUGCAUUGAUAGAUGCGUUUGUAAAAGAGGGGAAACUUUUGGAGGCCGAGAGAUUGUACGAGGAGAUGAUCAGAAGGUCUAUAGAUCCUGAUACUGUCACUUACAAUUCAUUGAUCAACGGGUUUUGCUUGCAAGAUCGUCUAGAGGAGGCCAAGCAGAUGUUUGAUUUGAUGGUUAGCAAAGGUUGUCUCCCAGACGUGGUGACUUAUAACAUUCUUAUCAAUGGAUUUUGCAAGUCUAAGAGGGUAGAAGAUGCUAUGGAACUCUUCCGUGAGAUGUCUCGAAGAGGAUUAGUUGGCAACACAGUCACCUAUAGCACUCUUCUCAAAGGGUUUUUCGAAGCCGGCGACUGUGAGAAUGCCCAGCAAGUUUUCAAACAAAUGGUUUCUAGUGGUGUGCCUCGUAAUAUUAUGACAUACAGCAUUUUGUUAGAUGGACUUUGUAAUAACGGGAAGCUAGAGAAAGCACUCGUCAUCUUCUAAUAUCAAUAUUGUCACAUAUAAUAUCAUCAUUGAAGGGAUGUGCAAGGCUGGUAAAGUGGAAGAUGCUUGGGAUCUGUUUGCUAGUCUCAGUCUGAGAGGAGUGCAGCCUAAUGCUAUAACCUACACAAUAAUGAUCUCAGGAUUUUGCGGGAAAGGCUUAAAGGAGGAAGCCGAUGCCUUAUUAACAAAAAUGAAAGAAGAAGGGCCUCUCCCAAAUAGCGGUACCUAUAAUACGCUGAUCAGGGCACAUCUCAGAGAUGGUGACAAAGAAGCAUCAGCAGAACUCAUCAAGGAAAUGAGGAGUUGCGGCUUCGGUGGAGAUGUUUCGACUAUAAGUUUGGUCGGGAAUAUGUUGUAUGAUGGGAGAUUGGACAAAAGCUUUGUGGACAUGCUUUCUUAAACAGUUUAUAGCCUAGAGGUCUUGUCAAGCAUGCAACCCUGUUCCGAUUGAAAGCAGCAACUGUGAGUUAAAUCAACGUUUUCUAUUAAUUGCUUCUCUGGAGAUGCUUUCGAGACAAUAAGCUUGGUCACUGAUAUGUUUGUAUGAUGGGGGAUUAGACAAGCUCUCUGGACAUGCUUUCUAUAAGCAAAAUCCUUGAGGUGAUUCUGAUUACUUCUCAACGCAGUUCUUAUGUUGGCAUGUUAUGGUUGUUGUUGUGUCUUAACUUAUGACUGAUACUGUUGUUUGUGUAUUUCCUGGAGUACACAUACUCCACUUCUUUUUUAACACAAGAUCAUAAUUUUAGGAUCUGCAAAAAAGUGAAGUGGAACUUGAUAUUAUUACAUAACUCAACCAUGUAAGUUGAGUCAGAUGUGGUGAAUUCCUCAAAGAGAGUUAUUGUUUCGGGACUCGCAGCUUAAGUCGAAACCCCCUUGGAGAUUUCAAGAAAGGAGUAGAGAAGGUAGAUUAUCUAAAAUCAAGACAAUAGCUUAGAAGUUACAAGUCUUGCCGAUUUCUUUUGUUCCCUUUUUCUCUUUAGAUCAGAGGUUUCAGACUGGAGGAAACUGAGUACAAGAUCUCAUGAUUUAGCAAAAAAUUCAGUUUUGUAAUCACUCGAUUUCUGUCUCCUGAGAUUUUUGAUCAGUUUCAAUUGGU